GAGAUUUCGAACAGCUCUUAUCAUGGCUGCCAUUUAGAUACUUCUGGGUCAUUUCACUAACUUAGGAAUCUUUCUAAGCAAAAAAGACUAUUCGGACGCAGCCAAAGACUAUUCGGACGGAGCCCUGAAGUUGGAAAGUUUCCCACUUGAAAUAUCCGCGCUCAAAGUUCACGGAACUCCUACCAGGAAGUGCUGAAAGCAUUCAAAACAAACGUAGGCUACCUUAGUGUUAUCAGAGAAACGUCGUUUUUGAACGAUCCAGCACCAUCAGACGUUAGUUAAAAAAUGUUUUAAAACACAGGCACUUAGAAAAGCAUUGUAGGCCAACAACUAUGGAUGAUUCAGACCGCGUAAUAUUUACAGAAGGCGAGUUUUACCAGGGACAUUUUGACAGCAGGGCAUACUUCAGUGCCUUCUACAGUAGUCCCAGUAGUGGCGACGAUUUUUUACCUUUUGUGCUACAGAAACUGCACGAGACAUUUUCAUCGGGAAACAUCAAGGGCAAGAAGCUAAUUGACAUAGGAUGUGGACCUACAAUCCAUGGUAUCAUAAGUGCAAGCAAAUGCUUUGAAGAAAUAGUGGUGUCAGACUUCACCGACAGCAAUCGCAGGGAGAUUGAGAAGUGGCUGAGGAACGAGGAAGGCUGUUUUGACUGGCGUCCCACCAUCGAGUUUGUCUGUGAGCUAGAAGGCGGAAGGUCACCAGAAGAGGUUGAACAGAGGCUUAGGCAGAUAGUAAAGCAGGUGCGGAGAUGUGACGUUCGGCAGGAGAACCCUUUCCACCCUCUGACGAUGGAACCAGCAGACUGCAUACUGUCUAGUCUUUGUCUGGAGGCAGCCUGCAAGGACCUGGAGACAUACCGGCGUGCUCUCAGAAGUAUAGCGGCACUCCUUAAACCUGGAGGUGUGCUGGUGCUCAUUGGUGUUCUCAAUGAAUCAUUCUACUUUGUGGGGCAGGAGAAAUUCUCUUGUUUGGUUCUUAGUCAGAGCUUCAUUGAAGAAACAUUAAGGAACCUGGGCUUUUCCAUAAAGCAUGUCAACACCCAGCAUGCAAAAGAAACCGACAAAGUAUAUAGCGAUGCUGAGGCCUUUUUUCAUCUUGUUGCUCAGAAAACGAAAUAGGUUUGAGUUGCCUUAAGGAUUUUGUUUUCCUAUGCUAAGGCAUCUGUGAACUUACGGUAAAUGUUAGAGGAUAAAAUUAGACAAAAGCACAUUCACUGAGUUGAUUGCCAGUUGCCGUAGUCAAUCUUUAGGAGACUACCUGCGCUCUGAAGAAAGUGGGUUCAUUACACAAUAACAGCCAGCAGAUGGCGCUCGCGGAAUACAGCAAAACUCGUCGGCAUUAUAGGUUUUGAAGAGAGCAGUCUAAGGUUGGGGAGGUAUGUUCCACUUUCUGGAGGAUUUAUUGGAUGGUAAGCAGUAGCUAUCAAAAAAACCGAACGAUCAGCAAAUUUUAAUUUAAAUUGGGAUUAUUUUUGAUAAUCAGCCUUUGAAAUUGUCUAAUAUAGUAAUACAUUUACAACAAUUGGGAGUUUAUUUAGUUGAUAAAUUCUCGUUUGGUUCUUAGUCAGAGCUUCAUUGAAACAUUAAGGAACCUGGGCUUUUCCAUUAAGCAGGUCAACACCGUGCAUACAAAAUAAAUCGGCAAAGAAUAUUACGAUGCUGAGGCCUUUUUUUAUCUUGUUGCUCAGAAAACGAAAUAGGUUCGAGUUGCAUUAAGGAUUUUGUUUUCCUAUGCAAAGGCAGCAGACGCCAGACUUUUAGCAGUUCCUAGGUUUAAAAAAAAUCAGCUGGGGGCAGAGCAUUCCAAUAUCGUGCUCCCUGCCUUCGGAAUGCCCUUCCCCCAUCAAUUCACCAUGCAAGUUGUGUUAAUAUUUUUAUAUUAUUUUUAUAUAAUUAUUAUUUUUUUAUUAUUUUUUUUAAAGUAAACUUAAAACACAUUUUUUCUAACUCUCUUAUGAACCCCUUGAUUUGAGGUUUUGUUGUUAUGCUGUUGCCCAAUCACUAUGUAUCAUCUUUUACAAUCUUUUAUGUUUUUAAACGUACGGUGUUUUGAGACAUCUGUGAAAUGCACUUUAAAUAAAGGGUGACUUGACUUGUUCUGUGAAGUUACAGUAAAUGUUGCAGGAUAAAAUUUGACAAAAACACAUUCACUUAAUUUCACUGGAUAUAGAAUGUGAGAUAUUAUAUUACUGUGCAUAUCAUAUUACUUUCUGAAGUUAAAAAAAAUCUGUUUCCCCCCCAAAAAUAUUAUUUUUAUAUUGAAAAUGGAUUAAUCAUAUUAAAAGUUUUAGCAUUCACCUGCA